AUCUCAUUCCUCGAUCAGUUAGCUCGAUAGAUGUCGCCGUCAGCACAUUUCCGAUCCAGUUGAAGUUGCUUUCCCUUUUUCCGUUUAAUUUUGGCAAUGGAGGCCGCAGCUGGCGGCGGUGGCUGGGAUCUCAACUCGCUGGUGGCGGUGCUGGCGCAAGGGGAGGCGCAAUUGCGGCAGCUGUGCGAGUGCAUGGCCGCACGUUCUCCUGCGGAGCAAGAGAAGCAGCUCGUUCUGCAGGCGCAGUCCUGCUUCCAGACGGCCAUUUGCAUGGCCAAGGCGGCGGACUCCGACCUCUUCCAAGCUGCUGCUGCUGCGGCGGCGGCGGCGGCGGCGGCGGCUUCCCCGCGCUCCAAUAGCGGCUGCAGUGCCAACUCGGAGCGGGCGCUGAAAGAGCAGCAGCGCAAGGAGAUGUGCAAGAAGAGGAAGACGCUGAGGAAGUGGACGAGCCGAGUUCGGGUGCUGGGCUCGUCGAACGGCCAUGACGAUGGCUUCAACUGGCGAAAAUACGGGAAGAAGGACAUUCUCGGAGCCAAGUAUCCGAGAGCAUAUUUCAGAUGCACCUUCCGCAACGCUGCCGGAUGUCCUGCGAUGAAGCAGGUGCAGCGAUCGGACGACGACCCCUUUGCCAUCGACGUCACCUACCGAGGCGACCACACUUGCCUCCAGAGCAAGAGGCCGCAGCCCGGCGCCGGAGCGCCGCCGGCAUUAUCGAGUGAGCCGGCCGAGCAGAAGCAGCAGCUCCUCCACAGCUUGCAAACCAGCCUCAAGGUGGAGACGGAGGGCUUCAGCUCCGACGACCAAAAUCACAACUGCUUCUCAUUCUCCUCCACUGCCGCCAGCGGCGCCGUCUCGCCUCCCUUCGUCUCGCCCACCACCACCCCUGAGUCGAGCAGCUUCUGGCUAUCGAGCGACUUCGGAGACCUGUUCUCCGCUGUGACUCCGGCGAACGAUUACAGUUCCUACACGGAUUUCAUUCUCGACUCGGCCGGCUUCGCUGCGGCUUCCCCGUUCGAUGCGUCUGCCUUCUUCCAUGAUUCCGAGAUCUGAUUUCCCACAGCAUUCUUUAAGCUAUGGCAGAACACAUUGGCGGACGGAAUGAUCUGAAAAAAGUUCUUGUAGUUGACGAUCGAGGUUAAUAAACAUGGUCAAAGUUGAUUGAAGAUCUAAAAAUAUAAACUCAAAGGAUC